ACUUUAAAAAAGGCUAUUUGCGUAUUUAUAAAAACACAUGUGUACGAUCUGAUUUGCGUUCCUUUUUUUGACUGUUGAGAAAGGAAAAUGUAUUUUUUCACCGCUUAAUUGUACAUGGGCAAAUAUAUUUUUUUUUUCCCAUUUUUGCCAUUCUUUGUAUGAGCUGGUUUGUCCCACUGCGCGAUGAAGCGCCCCCUUCUGGCAGAACAACGCAAAAUGCACAAUUGGCUAAAAUAUCACCCAUGUAUGAAUUAACAUACUUACACGCGAAAAGGAGAAUGCUGAUUAGCUGUGCUACAUCCCCCUUAUCCCCUCUAUGAUAAGCAAAAAAAAAAAAAAAAAGGAACGCAUUAUUUUUUUCCACCCCCCUUACGCAUCAACUGGUACCGAACCAUGUAUAUGCCAUUUUUUAACAUACUGGCAAAAAACGCUUCCUUUUUUAAGACACCUCUUGGGGCAAAAAAUAAAAAAUUAUGUAACUUUGCCAAGUGCACAAUUAGCACAAACUCGAUAACGGAGAAAGUAGAACCAAGACAGAACACUCAACUGAAAUUGCAGCAAAUUGGCGACUUACAUAACGUCAUACGUACUGUGCAAGCGGAGGAAGGUGUAAAUAAAAGUGCCUCCCUAACAAUAUACAGCCUGCCUAACAAUUCCUCAUUCAUGCUAACUAGGAAUGUAUGCAAAGAAGAUAAUUUCAGAAAGGUACUUUAUUUUAAGUGGAAAGCCAGGAAGUCAUAUAAAAAAAGGGUUAUGAAUUUACCCUCCACUAAGUCACGAAGGAGAUAUGCACAAAAGAAUAGGUGAGACGGAGGUGGUGGGUGGGGAAGACAGAUACAGCACUAUACAAUGCUUACGUGGAAGGAGGGGAAAAACCCAUUUUGGUGAACCACACCAAAUGUGUAGUUGGCGAUAAGGCCAAAUUGGAUAUACCUACGGCCCAUUGCCCUCCUCAUUUCCCCUGCCCGGAGGCAUACUCCCCCACGUAACUGCAAUAAAAACAAAGAAGUUUCAUUUUGAUAACUGCCAGUGUGUUAAUAAGUCAUUACUAUAAAAAAAAAAAAAAAUUUAUUUAACAACUCGAAUGCAUAUACACAUGUGCACCACUUACACUUGUUCGUAGGACGUUCUUUUUAAAAGAUCUUUCACGUUGUGUAAAUAACGCACAACAUAUAUACACAUUCGCAUUUGUAAUUCAUUAAUAAGCAGGAACGAACCAUAACCCAUGCAUGUACGUACACGCGCAUGGUGAUGCAAAUACGCAUAAAUAAUAACAGUAAACUAUAAAAGCAAUAAAGUUAAUUUUUAAAAUAUUUUUUGGUAAAGCAUGAAUAUGCCAUGACACCACCUUUCUGAUACACACAC